GCUUUCGUGUCAGGCGCUGAGGAAGAAAGAAAGAAGCCAAUUACUGCAAACCUACAGCGCGUUGGCUUAUUCCUCUGGUCGGCGACCCUGUCAACUCUGUCUGACCUUGGUUCCCAGGCCUUUCUUUCUCCUUGGACGUCGCUCAUGGGAGGAUACUUAUUCCCAUCCACGUCCCGAUCUACCCAGAUCUCUCUUUCCCUUUCUCCCCUCCUCAGGCAAUUCUCUCUCACACUUGCUACUGUAUUCUGUCUUUUAUCGUCGCCAGCACCUCUUGUUUGCUCCAGCAGCUCGGAUCCAGCUUCGGUGUCGACGCGAACAUUACCUCGCCACAUUCCUGAGCUUCUGCGCCCGUGGCCUUCCCGCUGUCGUCGCAUUCGUCUGCCAGAAUUCCCGCGUACCGCCAUGGCGUCAACUUUCGGCCCUAAAGCGGCACUUCAUCCUUGUUCCACCCAGUUUGAUUCGAUCCACGUUUCCCGGCACACAUGGAUUCCUCAGUACCAGCAGCCAUCGAUAGAUUUAGCCCCUAUUGACGGGCCUCGCGCAACGAUAUCAGCCGGAACCUACCCUAAUCAACAACAGACGCUCGCCGCAAGUUCCCAUUUGCCCUUUGUCCAUGGUCACGCUGAAAUCCACUCUCCCCAAUACCCAUUUCCAACCUUUGCAAUUGGAAUGAACGCUCUGCCUCCUACGCUCUCUCCAAUGGUCUCCCCAAUAGUAUCCAGGCCGUGGCCUUCGCAAGUCUUUGCUCCAAACGAUACCGCGGCACCAGCGGAUGUUUGUAUGUCGCCCGCCUCCUCGCACAGCUCGGUGAGGGCGUCGAGCACCCCUCCUUCUUUCAGUGAUCUCGACGAUGCGGAUAAAGAGCCAUACAUACAAUUUCACGCUGCAUUCGUUGCGUAUGACAAGCAAAAACAGGAAAAGCUAGGCCCGCGCGUUGUACCUUUCCCCGAUGAGUCACGACAAAGAUUGAAGGAACUGGCGACUGAUGCGUUGUUCACACUCAACAUCGAAGAUCUCUCCCCCUUUUCGCCUAACGGAGAUGAACACUCUUUCAAUCUCCCAAGCGUGCCACCCGUCUCUGCUGCAACUUUCGCUGCUGCCCUCCCGGAGUAUCCGAUCGUUCAAGAAGAUACCUAUCCUCCUCAGCCGGCACAGCAGGAGGUUCAUACCCGCAUCGAUGUGCCGAUGACCAUCUGCGAGUACCGGCAAGCGCCAGUCUCGCCGCUCCAACCUGACCCGACUUUCUUCCGCAUCCCACCUACUGCUCAACCGGCUCAACAUCACGCAUCUUCCCCGAUCUUUCAAGCCCAUGAUCCCGAAUCUGUUCAAUACUCGCAUCAUGUUUCAUUCAUGGUGAACAACCCGCGAAAUGAUGUUGGAUUCAUCUCCUCUUACCCUGUCGUCUCACAGCUGCCCGCGCUUCCUCGGCGGCCAUUCACAGCAGGCGCGGCCCUUUCACAGUCCCCUCCCCUUGCGACCAACGCGCCGCAUUCCUUGCUACCCUCGCCGGUCGACCCAUGUCCCCCUCGACCCACGACCGCCCCAUCUUCCCUUCCCUACGAGUUCAAAAUACCCGCUGCUCCGGUACAAGAAGGGCUAGCGCCAGCCAAUUUCCUGCCAGAUUUCGACCUAUCUUCUCCACCUCGUGCCGAAAUUGGUCUUUCGGCUGCGUCCCACCACUCCGCUUGUACGGUUGGUGCAACCGUAUCACCUAUAUCGAGACCAACUAGCCCUUGGCCAAGCCAACAGCCCAGGAAUCGCAAAUCCUACACUACAAGUGCGAAGGCGGGCGCCAUCAAGUCGGAAGUUGUCGCUGGGAAAAAGCCUCGCGGGAGGAAGAAAAAAGAGGAGAAACCGGAACCCGAGAAGGGCAAGAAGGUCAACGAAGAUGCAGCACCACGGCGGCCAGAAAUCAAAGCUCCAAAACGGCCAGCUUCUGCCUGGCAGCUCUUUUUCCAGCACUGGGUCAAGCAGCAUAUGGGCGUGCCGAGAAAAUACGAUGGUGAGGAUGCCGAUCGGAUGUCGGUGCAUCACGAAGCGAAGCUAGCUUCUGACAUGUAUCACGAUAUUCCGGAAGACGAAAAAGAGGCGUGGGAGGAAAGGGCUAAGGAGGAGAAGAGAAAGUAUGAUAAAGCCCUUGCUGCGUGGGAAAGAACACUGCGGCCAGAACUCAUCAAAGCGGAGAAUCAGUUCCGUGCUCACUCCAGGCGGCACGGUUACAAUGGGAAGAAAUUCUCCAAGACUAACAUGAAGAAUCCCAACAUCCCCCCGAAACCUCUGAGCGCCUUCUUCCUGUACUCAAAGGAAAUCAAAGACACUCCGGAACUCACUCAGAGGAUUUUUGGCUCUGAAACAGAGGCGAAGGCGCGUGCCAAAUUGGCUGCUGCUAGUUGGCGGGCCAUGACUCCGGCGGAGAAACAGAUAUAUCUUGACAAGGCGGCGGAGAAUAAGGCAGUAUGGGAUGAGACACGGGGUGUCUACGAAGAAAUGACAAAGGAACUUCCUGACGGUGUCGAAAUGCCGCCCUUCCCCACCUUGCAGGAGGCACGUGAGUGGAUGCAGAGGAGGACCGCACGACUGUCUGCCACAGUCCGCACAACCGCACAGGUGGUACACUCUCAGGGCGGAAACCAGCCCAUUGCAGCCGAGUCAGCCAAGCCUCGUUCAUCUCCGAUAAAGGCUUGAGUUGUUCGGUUACUGACUCGAGUCUCAUACAUUUUUUGGUUGGUUCAUUGGCCUUUGCUUUUCUUUUCGGUGACAUAUCAAUUUGUUGUAUUCCUUGACCAUUUUUUCUGUUUGUGCCUGAUUGUGACGACUGCAUAGCUACCGAAAUCUGUAGCGCCAUCAAUAUUGGAAAUAUCAAAUGAAAGUAGAAUUUCAAG